AUGCACGUGGUCGAAUGGAUAAGCAAAGAAUCAAUAAUAUCCGCGAUUAGUCGUGUUGGUGACUGGGAAAUCGGUGAUCGCUGUCAAAUCGGUGGAAAAAUGGGCAAUAUUGUAUAUAUUGGACCAGCAAGAUUUGCACCAGGUGAAUGGAUAGGUAUUGUUCUUGAUCAACCGCUUGGAAAAAACGAUGGUUCUGUUGAUGGACAUCGAUAUUUUUCUUGUGAACCAAAUCAUGGAUUAUUUUGUAAAGCCAGUAAAUUGGAACAUGUACAAUCACCGACUCUAUCAACUGAAACGUCGCAAAAUAAUCCGUUUUGCAAAGAAUACGGAUUGGAGAUCGGUGAUCGAGUUAUCGUAUCGGGUGGUAAAUGUGGAAGAUUACGUUUUCUUGGAAACACUGAUUUCAAAGACGGCGUUUGGGCUGGGAUUGAGUUAGACCAACCAGCAGGGAAAAACGAUGGCAGCGUUCAGGGUAAGCGAUAUUUUACAUGCAAAGCACCAUAUGGUUUGUUUGCUGCCGCAUCAAAAGUUGUUCGUGCACCCGAACAAAAUUCUGCUAAAUUUAAAAUUCGACAUACAAAAACGUCAGCAUUACGGCAAAGGUCGGGUAGUCACGAGUCAUUAUCAUCAAUUAGCGCAUCGUCGGUUGCAUCAUCACGAAUUUCCAAAUACAACUUCGCCACUCCACGAUCUGUCCAGAGGCCAUUUAUUAUUUCAUCAUCCAGAGGACAAGAAGAUUUAUUCAAAGCACUUCAGGAGUCAUUAAAAGAGAAGGAAACACACUUGGAACAGAUGAUCAGGGAACGUGAUCUUGAAAGGAAUGAAAUGGCAGUUUUGUCAAAUCGUUGCGAAUUGGCAGAAGCAAAAGUAGCACAGCUCGAAAGCGCUAAAACUUUAGUAGAUCAACAGCUUGAAGCGUUAAAAGUUAUAAUGGAUGAAACUGAGGCUAAAUUUAAAGUAGCAGAUGGCACUAUUAAUGAUCUUACCGUUCAGUUGAAGGAAAAGAAGGAUGCUCUUGAGGAUUUAACAUUUCGUUAUGAUGAGGAAACUAUACUGAAUGCUGAAAUGGAGGAAAAAAUUGCUGAAUUGGAAAAGAGAACUGUUAUUAAAGAGAGUGGUGAUGAGGAUACGACUAAAAGAUUAAUGGUCGAAAUGGAAAAAACGAAGUUGCAGCUGAAGGAAUUGGAAAAGCAAUAUUCCGCUCUGGAACAAGAAAAGCUUUUGGUAUGUGCUGGAAUGAAAAAUAUAUUAUCCGCCUAUAAACAAGAUUUUAUGGAGUUGAUACAGCUCUUAUCGCCAAAUGAUACUGUCGAAGGUAUGGAUGAAAGUGAAGCAACUACCGAUGAUGACCGAGAUUUAUCGAAACAGUUGGAAACGAAUAUGAGAAAGUUUGGCAGUUUGAUGGAUCACAAUAAAAUAAUUAAAAAAGUAAUACAACAAAGGCUUGAAAGUAAUACGGAAGAAAUAAAAAAUUUGACAGCUCAGCUUGAAAUUUUGAAAAAAUCAUUAGAUGAUAAGACAAUUAAUACUUCACAAAAGGACGAGGAACUAACAAUAUGUCAGGCAACCGUGGAUCAGCUAAGAAAUGAGCUAGAAGAAGUUAAAGGAGAUAAAGCGAAGCUGAAAGAAACAUAUGGUGAGUUAGAGACAUCGAAUAAUGUUCUGUUGAAAAAUUUCGACAACUUGAAUCAAAAAAACACUGAAGUGAUUACGAAAAUGGAGAAUGAAAGAAAAAAAUAUAAUAUGGAAAUCACCAGACUAAAUGGAGAGCUGCAGAAAGCACAAAACGAUGCUAUCCAACUACAGGAACAGUUGAAAAAGAUGGAAAUUGAGAAAACGAAAUUGAUGGAAUUACGAGAAUCUCUGGAAAAUAGCAAUAGAGAACUUCUUACAGAUAUGAAAUCGUUAGAAUUGCAGAAAACUGAAUUGGAGGAAAAGUUGAGACAGAAGGAAUCAGAGAAAGAAAUACUCAAUUCUUUCUUAACAAAAAAGGAGAUAGAGCUUUCUUCGACAAAAUCCAAAAUCGAUGAGCUCACUGGCCAAAUUGAUAGACUUCGUAUCAAUCUUUGUGAAGCCAGCUCUAGUGAUGAAAGUCUGAAAAAGGAGCUGGAAUCACUUCAUGAAGAAAACAAGAAAGAAGCUGAAACGCAUAUUGUUCAGAUGGCACAACUACAAACAGCCAAUGAAUCCCUUGAGAAGAAUUUAUUAGUAACUAGAAAUAACUUGCAAAGUCUGGAAAAUAUGCAUGACGCCACGAAAAAAACAUUGGGAAAAACUCAAUCCGAACUUGAGAAAUUGAAAGAGGAGUUUUUAUCUUCACAACAAGAAUUAACAGCUGAACAAGAAAAAGUAAGAAUUUCAUGGCAUAUUUUGAAUCUUAGAGUACUUCUAAAAUUUAUUAUUACUAUCUAUUGA